AUGCCGUCCCCCAUAUCGACAGCGGCGAGUGAUUCCCGGAAGCGCAAGUCUCACAAGAAGUCUCGGCACGGAUGCGGUAACUGCAAACUGCGAAGGGUCAAAUGCGACGAGACUAAGCCGGGAUGCAAGAAGUGCGUCGCCUACGGCGUGACGUGCGUCUACGGCCCCGCCUCCGACGCCGCCGCCCUGUCGGUCGAGGUGGCCUUCCAAGUCUGCUUGACCCCUGCUCGAAAGACCACCCCUUCACCGGCAUCGACAGGCGUACCGGCGCCUCCUCGCUACGUGCCACCCCCGUUGCCGUGUACCGGCUCCGUGGAGAGCCCGGACCCGGCGUACCAGCUUACCGCGGUCGAUGUCCGGCUCCUCGAGCGGUUCCAGAAGCGAACGGUCUUGAGCCUGGGAACACCCAGCAGCAGGGAGAUUUACGAAAGAAAGACGCUACCCAUCGCAUUUUGUCAUCCUUUCUUGAUGCACACCAUCCUCGCAGCGACACACCUCCACGACAUGUCCCUAGCCAACACAUCUCCCGAGGGGAAUCCUGCGUUCACGUACCACUGGUACCGCGGCGUCUCGAUGCUUCAUCGCAAGCUCUCGCAGCCGAUCGUCCCCUCGGAGCGCGACGCCCUCUGGAUCACGGCGGCGCUCGUCGGCGUCGGGUCCUUCGCCAACAUGAGCGAGGUGCGUUCGCCGUCUGAAGCGUGGCCCUUGCGCGAGGCCUCUUGGUCGGACCUCGACUGGAUGAAGCUGGGUGACGGGAAGAAGCAGGUGUGGAGGCUGACGGACCCCAUGCGUUCUGAAGGGAUCUUUCGGGACGUGGCGAAUGAGUUAUACACGCACCUGAUGAGUCCGUAUCAGUCUUUAUUAGGCGAGGAGGAUGUGGACUUUCUGGAGAGUCAUCUGCCGGCUGGAUUUUGUGAGUUGUACGGUCUUCGAGAGGGUCGACCGGAGGACAACCCCUACUGGACCGCGGCGGAGGCGCUGGCGAUGUGCUGGAGCGGCCAGUCGAAGCCGGGUUCGCUGGAAGCGGUCAAACCUUUUCUGGGGUUUAUUAGCAAGUUGGAUCCGCGGUACAAAAGUCUGCUGGAGGAGAAAGAUGAGCGGGCCAUGCUGAUGCUGGCAUACUGCACCACUAGGGCAAAGCGAAAUCAGACCAAGAACGAGAGAUUGUACGAGAACCUAUGUCUCGCUGACGUAUUUGCUACCUGGUAUCGCUGA